AUGUCGACAUCAACGUCCACUUCGACGCCGAUAGGCGCAUCUACUUUGCUCGAUGCGCCCAUUUCUGGGACUUGCACACCAGUCUCGUAUGCGUCUCCCUCGCCCAAUCCCGCCUCACACACACACACACACUCGCACCUCCACCACUCCACCACCGCAUCGAAUCAUGACACUUCUACACCAUCGUCCACAACCUCGAUCGAUCUCUCCAACCUCGCCUCGCACCCCACGUACACAGCACUCUUCCCCGACCCGGAUCUACCCAUAGCCAAUAUCUCGCGAAUCAUGAAACGAUCGCUACCGGAAAAUGCGAAAAUCGCAAAGGACGCCAAAGAAUGCGUUCAAGCGUGCGUCUCGGAACUGAUCAGCUUCAUCACCUCUGAAGCCUCGGAUAAAUGUGCUGCCGAAAAACGAAAGACCAUCAACGGCGACGACAUCCUCUACGCAAUGCGCGUCCUAGGCUUUGACAACUACGAAGAGGUCCUCAGAGUCUACCUCAGCAGAUACAGGAUGGAUCAGGAAUCCAAUCCAAGACAGAAAAAGAGAGCCAAAACGGGUACAAAGAUCAUCGACGAUGAUGACGAUGAUGACGAUGAAGAAGACGACGACGACGCAGCAGAACCAGACCUCACUACCAGACCACACUCGCUUUUCCACAGCCCCGCCUUCCACCAUGACUCGUCAAAUCCUUGA